AAACGUUCAGUUUAAUUAUUUUCUACUCGAACGUGUUAUGCCUUGAUUAAAUUCAGCUGCGUUGUGAAUUUUAAGUGUAAUCAAAAACAGCAAGCUCAAAUUGGAAACAAUAUUGUACUCAAAAACGCCAAACAGAGAGAAAUAUUGUGCUAAAAUAUCUGCGACACAUGUUCGGAGUACACUCUUCACUAUACACCACCAUGCCGUAUUUAAAUUCGAACUUAAACACAUUGUUUUUCCUUUGUGCAAUAAUUGUUGUCGUCUUUUGCAAUUCACUUGGAAAUUAUCACACCAGCGUGAUCAUUUUUCUGGAAGAAUCAGUCUCUGAUGUGCAGGACAUUGUCCUGAACGCCGUUGAACGAUACAGCAAAGAUCAUAAACAUGGUUCGUCGGAAAACCAAGCUCAUAUGAAUUUCAGCUUUGUCAGUUACAACAGAAUUGUCAAUAGCAUCUUAACACUGGAUCAAGAUCAUUCAACUUCGCUACGCUUUGCAAUUUUUCCUCAUGUGUCUAGUCACGAAAUUGUUCUCUCUUCCAUAAUGAAAAGGUUAAAUAUUGUUCCAAUUGGGCUCUUUCAUACGGACGGAAUUCCAACCACACAGGAAAAUCCUGCUGAUUUCACAAGGGUCGCUUCUCCUUCUAUGAUACACUACGCUUGCGCUCUUCGAGACAUGGUGCAGAAAAUGGGAUGGCGCAGACUCAGUCUUGUAGUAUCCGUUGACUACGAAGGAAAAGUACUUGCAGACGCAAUCUUGGCAUAUUCAAAGACAGAGAAGUGGGACAUUCAGCGGACUGUUUGGCUAUCGAGAAGGGAAAACACCACGGAACUGAAAACCGCUAUCAAGCUAAUUAUGUCCAGUGACAAUGAUAGCGACGCUGUCAUUGUCCACAUCCGGGACUCUCACAAUGAUGACUUUUUCCGAUUGGUUCAAUUUCUCGGUGUCAAUCAAAGUACAGCUUCGUGGUUGCUGACAGAUAUCACUACAUACGGGGUAUCGGACAGCACUGUGCUGCCUUCUGGCUUUGUCACAAUAUCUCCCUGGAGAAGUCCAGAACAUGAUUUUAUGGAGCAUGCUCUGUAUGACACAUUUGAUCUGAUUGGGUUAUCAGUAAACGGUGCGUUAAACCUCUCUUCAAGUCCAGCCGUUGUUGACCCUCAGGAGUUAAUAAAACAGAAAGUGAAAGGCACUUUCCUCCAAGGAAAAACGUCUCUAUUCGAGGAUCCCGCUUUAUCCAAAGGGCCAUUUUCUACAAUGGACAUUUCAAAUCUGAAACAGGACCUCGAUGGCCAGAAGCACUGGUGGUCCAUUGGUCUAAAGACAUAUUCAGGGAUUGCUUUAGAGGCCUUUAACAUUCCAAACGGAAAGGUUGUACAUCCACUUGCGGCCCCUUCUAAACCAACUGUGCGAGUCCCUGUGAUUUUGUACCCUCCAUGGAUAGAAUCCGAGGAGCCACAACACACUUUAGAAAAUAACACGACGUGCUUAAAAAGGGGUUACUUCUGUUACAACAGAACUGGAAUAACAGUCUCCAAGCUUUGUUGUUUUGGAUUUUCCAUCGAUUUGUUGAAGAUUCUUGAACGCGAGCUAGGUUUCAUUCCUGAAAUUUACUUCGUUGCUGAUGGACAGUAUGGCACUUUUGGCGAGAAGACGGGAAAAUGGAACGGAAUCAUAAAUGAGCUGGUGGUCGGAAGAGGUGAUCUGGCUUUAGGCCUGGCAAUGACACAAAAACGAGCCAAACACAUUGCGUUUUCAUUCCCGCAUCUUCCCCUCGCUCUCAAUGUUCUAGUGGAGAAGGAAGGAGGUUCUAAAACAGGCGUGCAAUGGUACUCAUGGUUGAAGCCGUUUGAUGUCAACUUGUGGCUAAUGAUUCUCGGAACAUGCAAUGUUAUUUUGCUGGUAAUUUGGUGGUUGGAUAGGAAAAGUCCCACCGGAUAUUAUCGAAUACUCAAGGAAAGCAAUGAAAAUGGGUUUACAAUGCUAGACGCUAUGAGUUACGUAUGGGGCGUGGCCUUCAGCAAGGACAUUGGAGCAGAGAAAGCCCCUCGCAGUAAUAGCGCCAGAUUUGUAUCUACCGUGUAUGCCUUCAUGGCUAUGAUCAUUGUUAACACAUAUUGCGCUAAUUUGAUGGCCUUUUUAGUGCAGGACAAUUUUGUGCUUCCAAUUGACGGCAUUAGAGAUCCAAAGUUGAGGGACGUUUCUUUAUAUCCGCCAGACGGUUUUCAGCUCGGUGUGUUACAAGGCAGCAUCUCCGAAAAGUACUUCAGGAAUCACGUGAAUUAUGAUUAUCGUCAAAUUUACGAAAGCAAUCUCAAAUUAAAUCUGAUGGAUAAUUUCCGCGAAGGAACGCUCCGACUUCAAAACGGUGAAAUCCACGGUCUUGUCGGGGAUUACCUAUCUUUGCGACAAAUCGCCAACAAGAUGCCGGAUUGCAACCUGACCUUGGCCGGUCCAAACUUCUACACCUACGGUUUAGCAUUCGCCAUGCCCAAGAAUUCUCCUUGGCUUGACGAUAUCACGAGAGUGGUUUUGGAAAUGAAAGAAAACGGAAGCAUAAGCAUGUUAGAAAAGAUGUAUUUCGACGAAAAACUUUGCAGAAAUUCAAUCCCUAAAGAUCUUAGUAUUUUUCAUUUUAGUGGCCUCUUUUUGACGGUAGCCGCGACGAUCGCGUUUUGUUUCUUAGCGCUCUUGGCAGAAGUCAUCGCCAUCUUCGUACUAGUUCGCUUUAGUCAGCAUUUGGGCGCCCUUGGAAAGUUUUUCAUGCGUCUACUGUUUGACCUUAAAAAGGGUGAAGAGCAUUUGAUAACGUUGAAGUACUCGACAAUGAGAAACAAGCGUAAACGUGUCAAGAUGGACCUUGUUAGAAUUGAGAACGCUUCGUCGAGUGGAGCAACUGUUGAACAACAGCAAAAUUCCAUGAACACAACAACAAAUGGUUACUUGGAAGAGGUACACCUUGACGUAGACCCAAAGACAACUUCAAGAAGGACAGCUGCAUUUCUGAAUAAAUCUGUAGAAUUCAAGUCAGAUUCUCACAUGCAAAUGUCGUUUACGAACAGUGGUUAUUGCAGCGAGAGCUUAAAUUCUGACGUAACACCUCUUUAAGUAUGUAUAAAGACUGGAUGCAUUUCUCAUCUUUUUUAUUUCUUUAUGAUCAAAGUACAUUACCACAAGGAAGCAUGGGGGCCUAAUAGUUAGUGCGCAUGUGUGCGGUGGACUCCGCAUCAAGCGGUCUGGGUUCGAAUCCUGACCUAAAGUUGUUUUCUGGACAAAACGGUUUACUCUCAUGCCACAUUGCCUCUCUUCAUCGAGGUAUUUAAAUGGAUUUAAAAGACUUUAAUUCAGCGGGAAAAAUUGGCAACAGACUUACAUCCCAAUCAGAGGGAGUAGAAAUACUCCUAGUGGCCUAAUGAUUGGGAAACCGAGGAUAGGCGCCGACCUGGUGCUUUAAUCACAGGGGACCCGACCACUACAUCAGCAGUAAAAAUAGAUGUACUGUUAUUUACUUGUGUUCCUGUGUCUUUUUUAGUCGUUUAGAAGGGAUUUGAAUGAAGCGAAGUCCGUUUACAUUUCGAAUAUUAUGUAUCAGUCAAUUCCAGCAGUGCCCAUCCCCCUCCCCCGGGCAACCGCGGGGCAUUU